AUGGAAGGAGGUCAGCCCCCUCUGACCGCAGAGCUGACAACCCCCUUCCUGAAGAAGGCUCACACCCCACCUCUCCAUGAGGACGCCAACACCGUGGUCAUCGCAGUUGUCAUCACCCUGGUGUUCCUGACGCUGCUGACGGUCCUGGUGGUGAUCAUCAUCUACCUGUACAGAAACAAAGGCAGCUACCUCACCUACGAGCAGCCGGCGGCCGAGACCGACGUGUCGGUGCAGAUGGAGGAUGCUCCAUCCAAAGAGAAAGAGGAGUAUUUCAUCUAA